AUGCAAUCUAAUCAGGGACAGAACAUAAGGCGAACAAGAGAUCACGACGACCAUGGACACAGCGGUACAACAUAUGCCGAUAUUGAUAAUCCAGAGCGGCGCUUACCGAAGCGCCCGCGGUUGGAGUCACAGCUUUCUGGAAAUCCCACAUUGUUCGGCGAUGGCCAGUAUCUCUCGUUCUCAUUUAUGAAGCGCCAUUUGAUUGAUAAAGUUCCCGAACCGUUUCGGAGUGGGAUGGAGUCGAGCAAGCUGUGGAAAGAGGAGCAGGAAAGUGGCGGGCUGUUAGUCACUAACUGCUUGUCCCUAUAUUUGCCGGAGAAGAUUAAUGAGGAUGCAGUCUUGCUUAUUAGGAUAGGGUAUUAUGAAGGGUUUAAUAUUUCUAAUAACUUAGGCCUCGGUGAUCCGUAA